AGUGACGCUUCGUUUUCCUCUUCUCCUCCGUUUCUUCCUGUUUUCCUCUAUUUAUCCUUAAUCUUGCAACCUCAACUGCUGAAGGUUAUAUAAUAUGAGAUAAGAGAAGAAGAAAAGUGGUGAUCGCUGAGUCGAAAAUUUUCCUCUAAUCUUUGGUGAUGGUUAAAAUUGAAAGAGUUCGCAAGGCCUUUAAUGCUACAAGAGCUUUAAGCCUUCCUGACGAAGAGGUGAAAUUGGUGCUUAAACGGCUCCUGAAAUUGUUUGAUUACAACUGGGAACCAAUCGAGGCAGAAGACUACCGGGCACUUAUCGAAGCAUAUUUUGAGCUCAAGGAAGAUAAAGCUAAAGAUGACGGGGAAAAUGCCGUUGUGGAGCAUGAUGAAUCUAGCAGAUUGCCUAAACAGUUACCCUUGCAAGAUCCGGAAGAUCAAGCUUCAUCUACAAAGAGAAGCCCGAGCCAAGUUUUAUCUCCUAAAGAGAAUAAAAAACCUAUUUCAAGCCUUCAACAAGGGGUUACCCUUAUGAACAAUAAAGAUUCAAGUUCUUCUGGUUGUUCGAAUUCCUGUAAAAAAAUUCAGCAGCAACCUGUUACUUGUGAUAAGAAAAGUUCCUUUCAAAUCAUUUCAGACAUAACUAAGGGCACAGAAAAUGUGAAAAUUUCAUUGGUAGAUGCAACUGGCAAGAACAAACUGCCAAAGUUUACAUACAUGCGAGAUAACGUAAUAUAUCAAGAUGCUUAUGUGCAUAUCUCAUUGGCUCGGGUUGCAGAUGAGGAUUGCUGUUCGAGAUGUUCAGGAGACUGUCUUUCAGUACCGAUACCAUGUGCUUGUGCUCAGGAAACUAGUGGGGAGUUUGCUUACACAGCAGAGGGUCAACUAAGAGAAGAAUUUCUAAAUGCUUGUAUGUCCAUGAAACUGAAGCCUCAGGAGCACCACUUUGUUUAUUGUCUGGAUUGUCCUUUAGAGAGAUCGAAGAAUGACUAUAAGCCUGAAAAAUGCAAGGGUCACUUGGUCAGAAAAUUCAUUAAAGAAUGCUGGAGAAAAUGUGGAUGUAAGAUGCAGUGCGGAAAUCGGGUUGUACAGAGAGGUAUUACAUGCAAGUUGCAGGUGUUCUGGACUCGCGAAGGAAAAGGUUGGGGUGUUAAGACACUCCGGGACUUGCCAAAAGGAACCUUUGUUUGUGAAUAUGUUGGGGAGAUCGUGACCAACACCGAGUUGUACGAACGGAACUCAAAAGGUAGUGGCGAUGAGAGACAUACAUAUCCUGUUACACUCGAUGCAGACUGGGGAUCAGAGAAAAUUUUAAAGGAUGAAGAAGCACUUUGUCUGGAUGCAACCUUAUGCGGUAACGUUGCCAGGUUUAUUAAUCAUAGAUGCUUUGAUGCAAACUUGAUCGACAUUCCAGUUGAAGUGGAGACCCCUGAUCGCCAUUAUUAUCAUCUUGCCCUUUUUACUACUAGAGAGGUGAAAGCUUCAGAAGAGCUAACUUGGGAUUACGGUAUAGACUUUAAUGAUCAUGAGCACCCAAUUAAGGCAUUCAAAUGUAGCUGUGGAAGUAAGUUUUGCCGGGACCGAAACGUUCGGGUUAGACUGUAAAUUUUCUGUCCAUCAAAUCAUACUCAUGGAUUUUACCCUACAUUU